UGACGACAACAUAAAGUCUAAUUUUUCGUAAUACCAUUCGACUCGAAUAUACGUAUUUGUAAAACGGAAGGCUUCUCUGAGAAACACUUAAUUAUGAUUGACGACGGGGGUAAUUAAUGUGGACGCAGAGACGUUCAGUAAUGCCAGGUUUAGAGGAAAAUAUUUGGUUCAACACGAGUCCAUCCGCGCACGGCCUAAUGUCCGAUGGAGUCGCCUCCGAGCAAGUGAAAAAAUUCUUUUUCACAUCACGCAGAACUAACGAAGACACACAACACGACGAGACUUUGGAGAUCUACAUCCCGGAGCUGCUCCAGGCAAGCUACAGUUUCUACACCUGGCCAUCAGCUCCAGUUCUCGCUUGGUUCUUGUGGGAACAUCGCGAGGAACUCGUCGGCAAGAGAGUGUUGGAACUUGGUUCAGGAACUGCUCUACCUGGCAUAUUAGCCAGUAAGUGUGGUGCAAACGUAACGCUCAGUGACUCUGCAAGCUUUCCACGAAGCUUACAGCACAUAAGAAGAAGCUGUGAAUUAAAUGGUGUCUUGUCACAAGUUAAGGUUGUUGGUAUUACUUGGGGACUCUUCCUUUCUGGCCUGUUUACCGUUGGUCCUUUAGAUUUGAUCUUGGGCUCCGAUUGCUUUUAUGAUCCUAUUGUGUUUGAGGACAUUGUGGUUACGGUAGCAUUUCUUCUGGAACGCAAUCCUUCUGCAAAGUUUCUCUGUACAUAUCAGGAGCGUAGUGCAGAUUGGUCCAUUGAACAUCUUUUAAACAAGUGGGGUCUUAUUUGUACUCAGAUUUCUCUAACUGAACUGGGUACUGAUUCUGGUAUAAGUAUCCAUGAUUUAAUGCAAGAUCACACUAUACACUUACUAGAUAUUCGAAGGGCAUCGUAAUAGCAAUUGUAUUUUGACAUGGCAUCAAAUGCAGUGAAACAAGUCCACAGGAUCUUUGUUGGAAAUAUACCGUGGACAGUGAGUCAACAGGACUUGAAGAAAUACUUCUCUGAAUUUGGUCACGUGGUCGCAGCUAAACUUAUCGUUGACAAGAAGACCGGCAUCAGCAAGGGUUACGGUUUCGUGACAUUUACGUCGAAAAAUAUUGUCAACACUGUUUGCAGCCGCCAAAAAUUGGAAUUGGAGGGCCACGAGUUAAACGUGGCGCCAACGGUUCAGUAGAAGUAUUGACAGAAACGUAGUCGAUCAACUAUGGCAGAGUGCGAGGAUACUGAAGUAACAGACCUGGAGGAGACCUUCACUAAGGCGGCGAGUCAUCUUCAAUCCCUUGCUGCACGACUAGAUUCCGG